AUGCGACCGCAGCGCUCUCUGUGGGGGGGGGGGGGGGGGGGUCCUCUACGUCGUGUCCGCUCUGGAUCCCAAGGACACGCUCCAACACAGAAAACUGGGCAACUCUGCGACUCUGAAGGUGGGGGGAGAGGUCUUACACGACUCCAGCCUGCGCCACAGAGAGGGAGGCAUCCUGAUCAAGAUACUCCGUCUGAAGGCGCCUUAUCACCGGCUGAGGAAGGAACUGUCAGGCUGGGCCCAAAGACGUGA